AUGGCACAGUUCGUCGGAGCACAGAGGGUGAAAGGGCUUGUGGAUCGCUUUGGGACAGCCAUUGCCCCGUCGAUCCCACCAAACAUGGCAACUGACGGGAAGGAGGAGAUGUACGAAGAGGAACAUGUUCAUCGGGUCUACCAAGAAAUUGCACAUCAUUUUUCAUCGACGAGGUACAAGGCUUGGCCAAUUGUAGAGCGAUUUCUGACCGAAUUGGCCCCCGGCUCCGUUGGGCUUGAUAUUGGCUGCGGUAAUGGUAAAUACCUGCCGGUGAACCCAAAUAUCUUUAUAAUAGCUUCAGAUAGAUCCGAGGCUUUAAUAAAAAUUGCGAGCAAGCAUCAGCCGCAUUCCACUGUAAUAGCUGAUAAUUUAAGUCUUCCCCACCCGAACGGAUGCUUUGAUUUUGCAAUUUCAAUUGCGGUGGUGCACCAUCUAUCGACCCGUGAGCGCAGAGUCAAGGCUGUUGAGGCCAUUCUUGAUACAUUAAAACCCCCUCAGGACAGCUUUGAAGGUGGUAAGGCCCUCAUAUAUGUUUGGGCUCUCGAGCAAAAGAACAGCCGGCGAGGUUGGGAUGCAGGUGAUGAACAGGACGUCAUGGUUCCCUGGGUGAGAAGGGGAAAAGGAUCUGACAAAUCUGCUGAAUCGACUCAGACGUUUCUCCGCUACUACCAUCUUUACCGAUCAAAUGAGCUAGAAGACGACAUAUGCGCAGCUGGUGGCCGUGUUCUGAACCACGGCUACGAGAAGGAUAACUGGUGGGCCAUUGCCACGCCACUCCCUCGAUGA